UCCGUCGAUUUCAUUCAUAUUUUCCAGAAAGCUUCACAUCACUCAUAUCGUCUCCUUAAUUCAUCAGUAUCAGACCAUUCCAUCCAUUGCAUUCUUCUACCGCGCGCAUAACAAUUAUUAAAUUCAUUCACUGCAUAUUCUUCAGAAACCUUCACACUCCAUAUAUAUCGUCUCCUUCAUUCAUCAGUAUCAGUCUAUUCCAUCGAUUGCAUAUUCUUCUACCUUACAACAAUAAUUAAAUUCAGUCUCUGUAUAUUCUUCAGGGAUUUUUCUUUAAUUCAUUUAAAGAAAAUAUGUCGACGAGUCUUGAAGGAAGUGAUGACAGUGUUCAAAUAGUAGAUGUUUGGAAAGACAACAUAAAACAAGAGUUCGACUUCAUUAUUGAUGCCAAAAAGACACAUCCAUAUGUAUCCUUGGACACAAAAUUCUCAGGUUCUCUUUUCAUAGUAAGAAACUAUGGAGCAUUGACUGGAAACCUGGGACUGGCCAAACUCAUACAAGUGGGUCUCACGUUGUCCGAUGAAAACGGUCAAUGUCCCAUGGUCAAUGGUCAACGUGUCUGCUGGCAAUUCAACUUCUGUGAGUUCAAUCCAAAAACGGAUCCAAAAUCCAGAGACAUGAUCGAAGCCCUGAGAGACAAUGGUAUGGAUUUGGAGAAGAACCAGAAAGAUGGCGUGACAUACAGCGAAUUUGCAGAGCUUCUGAUGUCGUCUGGGCUUGUAAUGAGGGACGAGGUUUCAUGGAUUACGUUUCAAGGUUCGUCUCAUUUCGGGUACUUAGUGAAGCUGCUGACUGGGAAGAAGAAUCUUCCAGAAACAGAACAAGAGUUCUUGGAGAUUCUCAAGUAUUGUUUCCCAGUUUCUUAUGAUGUCAAGCACCUGAUAAGAUCAUCCACCAACGUAAAUCUGCAACAGCAUGGUGGUGGUGAACUGGAAGAUGUUGCCAGAUUUCUGGAGGUGAAGGCUAGAGUUGGACCGCCGGCGGCGGGCAAACCAAGCCGGUUCAGAAAGUUUGCUGACGAGUUUUGUGUUCAAUAAACUGAAACAUGAUCCUCAGUACUUCAAUGGAGCUAUACCAGAGACAUGUCGUGGUGUUUUGCCCGGCUUGGCCGGUAUUCAACUUUAGUCAAAUGUAACUGAAGGAGACAAGUAUGGUUCUGAAUA